CAAACACUCACUGGCCUCCUUGCUGCAGGUGCAUUCUUCACGAAGGUGGUGGAUAUUGGCUCCUCAUCUCUGAAGCUUGAGAUCUGGGACACAGCUGGCCAGGAGAAGUACCACAGCGUCUGCCACCUCUACUUCAGGGGUGCCAAUGCUGCACUCCUGGUAUAUGACAUCACUCGGAAGGAUUCCUUUCACAAGGCCCAGCAGUGGCUGCAGGACCUGGAGAAGGAGUUCCACCCAGGAGAGGUGGUGGUGAUGUUGGUCGGCAACAAAACGGACCUGGGCGAGGAGCGGGAAGUGACCUUCCAG